AUGAAACAUGUUCUACUUUUGCUGGCGGUCGCCGUGGCGUUUGCUGCGGCGCCGUGGCCCGUCGCCGCCGCCGCCGCUGCCGCCCGCAGCGAGGAGGAGUGCCGCCAACUUGGGUUCAGCCGGGCCGAAGUGAGGUGCAACUACUGCCAGCCGCUGCUGGAGCACACCGGCAGCGCGGAGCUGUGGCAGGAGUGUCUGUCGUGCUGCGCCGCCGAGGAGCAGGCGCCGCAGCGCACCUUCGCCCGCGCCCGCAUCGAGCGGCGGGGCAUCUCGUACGUCAUCGAAGACACACGCAGUGAGCUUGGCAUGUUUUACAAAAGAUUCAAGGACAAGUUUGGCAGCCGCGUGCGGUUUGUCGAGCAGAAAUCGUACGAGCCGCGCCUCGUGCUGGAGGACGACGGCGGCGGGGAGGAUCUGGAGAUGAGCAUCGUGGGCUGGACGAAGGACGCCCUGCACGACUACCUGCUGCAGGCCCUGGGCCUGGCGCCGCGGGGGGAGGCGGCGUGA